UGUGCAUGUCUGUGAGGAAGAGAUUCAGUCUGUGUGUGAGGGACUGUUCAACACAGUGAGUGGCACGACUGUGUGUGUGUGCAAGAAAAGACAUUGACUGAGAGAAGGAAAACAGCACAAGUGUUUGGUAAUUCUGUCUGCGCUUCAGUCUGAUAUCAACAGACGGGGUGUGUGUUCAUACAUGUGAACAGGAGUGUGUGUGCUUCUUGGGGUUGUUUCUGCCGGGCUGACUCAAAAUGGAAGCACAGCGGUUCAAACACACUGCAGCUCCCUGUCAGACACCAUUUCAAACGGCCACAGUCAGCUGCUGAAACAGACUCCUUCGGUAUUGUUCAUCUUUGGUCUCCUCCUCCUCUCCUCCUCCUCCUCUCCCCUCCCUUCACUCAUCCAUCCAUUCAUCCUCCCCCUCUCCUCUCAUCUCAUACACCGACUUGCGCAUCGCCUCCUCCGGCACAAUGACCAACGAUUCCCCGGAGGAGGAGGCCCGAGCUCCGGGCGGCGGCGGAGGAGGAGGAGGUGGAAGAGGAAGAAGGAACCGAGCGGACGACAAUGUCACAAUCCUGACAUCCUCCAUGGAUUUCCACAGAGCCAGCCGGAGCCGAGCCAGCAGCAGCAACGAAGCCGCCCAGAGCAUCACGUCCUCGGUGGAGCUGAGCACGUCCUCCCUGGAGCUGAGCAUCCAGACCCGGAUCUUUAAGAUCAUCGUCAUCGGGGACUCCAACGUGGGGAAGACCUGCCUCACCUUCCGCUUCACCGGGGGGAGUUUCCCCGACAAGACGGAGGCCACCAUCGGCGUGGAUUUCAGGGAGAAGGCGGUGGAGAUCGAAGGGGAGACGAUCAAGGUGCAGGUGUGGGACACAGCAGGCCAGGAACGCUUCCGUAAAUCCAUGGUGGAGCACUACUACCGCAACGUCCACGCAGUGGUCUUUGUUUAUGAUGUUACCAAGAUGGCCUCCUUCCGCAACUUACAGACAUGGAUAGAGGAGUGUAACGGCCACCGGGUGUCAGCAUCAGUACCUCGAGUUCUGGUGGGAAACAAGUGUGACCUUGUGGACCAAAUACAGGUGCCCUCCAACAUGGCCUUGAAGUUUGCCGACUCCCACAACAUGCUGCUGUUUGAGACAUCAGCGAAGGAUCCGAGGGAAAGUCAGAACGUCGACUCCAUCUUCAUGUCGCUGGCUUGCCGCCUGAAGGCCCAGAAAUCACUGCUGUACAGGGACGUGGAGAGAGAGGACGGCAGAGUGCGACUCACGCAAGAGACUGAAACAAAGAGUAAUUGUCCAUGUUGAGAAAGAGGAGUGGGAGGCACAAUGGAAGGGAAGAGAAACUGAACAUGUCGAGGAAGAGAAGGAGAGGGAUGACCGGGGAGUGGGGCUGAAACAAGGGUCUUUCAAAUUAAGUGCAACUUUUCUGGUUUAGAAGGAGGAUGUGGGGUUUGAAGCCGAGAGCAGUGUGUUUUAAGAAGUGGAGGAGGAGGACAGGGAGACGGGGUUAAAACCGAACCAUCGUCGGUAGUCUUGUCCUUAAGGAUUUAAAGGAAGGAAGAAAAGGGAUUGGGGAGUGAUGUGUUUAUUAAGAAAUAAGAUUAUGUUGCCUUUCAGACUAAAGCUUAGUGUAGAAAUUCUUCCACUCAUUUCAGCAAAACACACAAUCUGAGUAAAUACACUUUCUGUGGGACCCACAGUCUCGAUUCAAAGCCUUUCCUGAAACCAGCCCUGGCUUGGUAUUUAUCACAGCCAUUAUUAACAACAGCAUAUUGGAACUUUUAUAGUAUAAUUCACCCUCAUUCUAAAUAAAAGCAGCAUUUCCCAAUCGUUUUCUACUGCCUUAAAAACUAAAAAGUUGCCUCUGUCAUAGUUUUAAUGAAAAAAGUGACAAAAGUAGAAGAGGUUUCAAGCAUUUUAACCACCUGACAAGACCUUCACAUAGAAACUCAACCAAACGCUCUGAAAGCCUCUUAAAAGGACUUUUUGAGAGGAUAAACGAGACUCUUUUUGUCUUGGCCAUGUUCAGCACAGUCCAGUUAGAAUCACUGUGAGUUAAUGAAUGUGUGGGACAGACAAGUGCAUACAAUAAACACAUCCUAGACCAAGUUAAAGUGGAUAAAAUAGGAGGCAAAAAAGACCUUGACAGGAAGGUUUCCAGAAAACGGGCCAUUUAUAGGUUGUCAGGCGGCACAUCACCUAUUGAUUUAGAAGCUGUAAGAUCCUUUUACCCCUAUGCAGGAGAAAAGCACUCUCCUACAGAGAAGGCAAGUCUCCUCUUUCUCCUCCUGAUGUAAACAUAUCCUCUUAUCCAUGUUUUUCCUGUGGCACGGUGGCUCGCCCGGCUGCCUCUUUGUGCACAAACGCAGCGACAUCCAUCCCGUUUUCCUCGUCCACAUCAGGUCCAUAUUCUCUGAUGAACAUUUUUCCAGGGCAGAGGCCUUUUUUGGCUGCCUUAGACGAUGUGCUGUUCACAUCAGCAUCACUGCCUCCAGAAAGUGACCCCUGUAUAGAUAACGGAGAAGCUUUUGUGCUGCUACACAGCCAAGACGUGCAGUUUGAGUGAACUUUGAAGCCUGUAUAGAGGAAAAAGUCCAGGAGUUUCGAAGUCAUCGGCGAUGCAGGCUGCAUGAAACACUGUAGAAAGCCAUAUUUAUUAUUUACUACCCACGGACAGGCCAUACAUUGAUUUAGCUCCCAGCUGGGUAGCUAAAUGUACAUAACUCAGUGAUGAAGCUAUCAAUCCAGUAUACUGACUGUGAUAAGUGUCAGUUUGAUAUAGCAGCACACUCACCAUAUUUUAUCACUGUAGCCUACUUUUGAGCGAUGCUAUUAAUAUAUCUGGAUGCCAUAUGUAGAGAACUCAGACCAGUGCGCAUUUAAGAGCGACGUUCCCUCCAAGCUGACAGUCUGGUGACCUAAUUACUUCAACACACAGAGCAGGUCAAACACUGUGCAAAUCCAGAGAGCCAGAGGUGCAUCACCUUUAGUUUUGUUUGUCGUCUCAGUACACGGUCAUAUCAGAAACAGCAGGAUUGAGCAGCGAUUACAGGCAAAUCAAAUGACAUUGCUGUAAAAAGAAAAUACCACAAUGAGCUCUAUUCAUGCUCAGUGAACGGGCAAAUCUGUGACUUGAAGAGGAGAUUUUUAACCUCCAUACAUGCAACUCAGAGCCUCUGCUCCAUAAAAAAAAUGGGAUAGCAUCCACUGAUCCAUUUUCUAAACCACUUAUUCUGUUCAGGACUGUGGAUGGCUGGAAGAUAUCCCAUCAUGUAAUAUGUGAUAGGAAGGGUGCACUCUACAACUUUUCAUUUAUUAUUAGCAGAACAUGGCUAAUUGAGUCGUGACCGUAGAAGAAAAACACGUUGCAGAAAAAAUAAUGUGCCUGAAUUUCUGUCAUAAAGUUACCAGAUGUGAAUAACGAAGCAUUUGACUUGGUUUCAAAUGACUGAAAAAGAAAAUGAAGGUAAGAUUAUGUUGUUUUUCAAAUAUCUCACCUCAACAUACAUAAAUCACUGAGCUUACUCAACAGUUUAUAGUGUAAUUUAUAAGAAAAACAACAUUACUGAGGUAUUAUUUCAUAUUUCUUUUUUAACCACUUGAAAUCACAAAUGUUUUACGUGUAUUUUACAUAGGUUUAAAAGUUACAAAUGUACAGUAUAAUAUGUAUGCUUGCCUUCCCCUUUCUUCCCCAGUACCUACAAUGUGUUUGAAUUUUUAGCUUUUAUUUUGGAGUGUUUGUUUUUGAUAACCUGUGUUUGCUCUUCAAGGGAUGCUUUGAGAUUUUUAAAUUUAGUCUGAUAGUUUUGUUUUUCUGCAAAAAGCUUGUAUGUGGAAUCAAUAAAUACCAGUGUAGAAUACAUCAAUAUGAGAAAAUGACACGAUCUUUUGACGAGUUGGACAGGGUGCUAAUUAGACGAUCAAAAACUGAGCUGCCAGUAAUUUAGUAUUUGUUUGUUUAGAUGUAAUUCAUUUGUUAGGGGAAAAAAGUAGAUUUUGUGAAAAAAUAUUUCAUUGAAUGUUACAGAAAACAUAUUUGUGUUUUAGGUUGCUGGUAGAACAAAAGAAAAUUGUUGAAAUAGGUGAUGGUUUUUAAAGUUGUAAUUGGCAUUUUUAACAUGCAGUUGAUACUGAAAAUAUUUGUUCCACAUUCAGAAAAAAAUAUUUUAGCUUCUCAAAUAUGAAAUUUGACCUUAAAAUUGCAUUGAAUGCUAUGAUAAACUGAAUAUAUAUUUGGGUUCUGGACUGAUGAUUAGACAAAAAACUGCUGAAAUGGUCAACUUUGGCUUUGCAAAAUUGUGAUUUUAUGUGCAAUUGGUACCAAAAAUAUUUGUUCCACAUUCAGAAUAAAUGCUUUCAGCUUAUCCAAUAUAAGUUUUGGCUUUAAUAUCCCAUUGAAUGUUGCUGCAAACUGAAUGCAGGGAUGUUCCUCAACUUAUGUCGGAGUUCCGCUUGUACGGAUUAACUGAAGUUGAUUUUUGCCGUAAGUCAGAACUGUAGCGAAAAUGUAAACUAAACCGUUAGGUAUAUCACGACAUCGAUCAGUUCUUCAAAAAAGUCAUGAAUACCAAUGACUUAUAUGUAUGUAUAAGUCAUUUUACAAGAAGAUAACAGAAUAUGUUGCACUGUUUUUACAACUUGAGCGUUUUACUAUGUUUAUUUUCACUUCCAUGGAGACGGCUUUACUUAUCUUCGAAGCGCUGCUAUCAGAAGAGUCUGACUUACGCUUGGGAGCCAUGAUGAAGUGCAAAAAGUGAUCAAAUGCAGCACAAUCCAAGGUAGCGUACAACUGACGAACAUUAUCUCAAAGUCCUCUUAUAGUGUCACGUGAUGACGUCUUUGUCCACUCCGCUUGCCAACUAGUUCCACAUAACCAGUUCCGAAGUAAUGAUGAGACACCGUAGGUCGAGGACGUUGUAAACUGAGGACCCCUUGUAUAUCUAUUUACAGAAUAUUGAUUGCUGGGGAGAGUCAAAUUUGGCUUUUUUUAACAUGCAAGUGGUACCAAAAGCUUUAUUAUUUUGCAACCCUGCAGGGUAUACCACAUCAGCUGAUUUGCUAAGUGAACAUUGGUUAACAUUCUUAAUAUAAAUCAGCUAUUUGCAGUGCAGGCAAAUAAGUCAGCUACUUAUUUCCAUCUGAAAGUGUCAGAAUAUAGCCUGUAGCUUUACUGUCACUCGGUUCCUUCAACGCUUCUUCAUCCUUUCAACACUUUCUAUCUCAAUAAAACUAGAAUAAUGUACGAAGUUAAAUUCUCAUAUGAGGAGCUCUGUGGACCACCUGUAGCUGAUACGACUGACAUCCGUGACUGAAUUCAGUUUUAAAGGAUAACAUUUCAUCUAUUGAACAUGUACUUCAUGUUGGUAUAGUUUCGUUUAAACUCAGCUGACCUUAAUGUGACACCACAGUAGGUGAAGCUACAAACGGCAGCCUUCAUUCAGUACAUGAAAGCUCGUCAACACUUUGAAGGUUUUCAGGCUAAAGGUCAAAAUACCGAAUCACUCCUUUAACAAAGGCCUUAAGAGUGGCGUUACUUGAUUUUAUGAUGUUAUUAUAAUUUCAUUAGAAGCCGAUAAAUCUGAGAUGACAAUGUUUACUUGCCUGUCGGUUUACUGUUGUUUUGGAUUGUCUUCUUCUGUAUGUUUAUGUAACAUUGUUGUUGUUACAAUCUCACAAAGGAACUUCUGAUAAAACUGCUGAAGAAGCUUCCCUUUCCUCA